GCAUUGCAACGGAGGUGGGAAGGAGGGUUGGAUAUGGGAGCGAGGGCGGGUGUAGCCUUACGCUUGCAAAUCAGGACAGCUUUGAGAAGUUUGCUAAAGAGUGGGAGUAACGCUCAGGAGUAUGGAAAAUACCACAUUGCCUUUUGGAAAAGUUGAAUAGACAUGACCUGUGGCGGUUUACUUGACAGACGAAUCAAAGAAUGUGUUAAAGAGCUGCAUUUUGAAGAAUCGAUCAAGGUUUGACCGUAGCCAGAACGCCUCGUGAUGCCAAGACUGCCUCAACUUUUUUAAAGCUGCAUAACUUGGAGACAGCACGGUAGAAGUUUGACAGGCAUCCCAGUCGAUGUUGUUUGGCUCUAGGUUCGUCUUUGAUUGAUUAAGGUUAACAGUGGUAUACGUCAACUCACCUUGAACUACUUCAUAUACCUCUAAUGGUAACGUUUAUGUACACGUGCGCGGUUUAGAAAUGAGGCUUUUUUGUUGUUUUAACAUGACUAUCAUAUAACGCUAGCUAUAACAGACGCUAUAGCAAGUUUACAAAUGACAUAAGGUUGUUGGCGAAAGGACUGUGCGCAACAAGUUCAGAGCCUUUGGCGUAGGAAAACUUCCAACAAUGCAAAAGUUUAAUACGACGAACAGCAGCACGGCGACCCGGGACGCUGAACUUCAGCAGCGGCUAGCCGAUAACGGGGCAGCCGGUGACUGCAUAAAGGAGAAUGGAAAGAAGCACAUGAUUGCUGAACCGGUGGAAAAUGCAUUCUGCACCAAGAGAAAGAUGCUGGUCUGCUUGGACAUCAUUUGUUUGUUCGUAGCCUCCAUCCCUUUCUUCGCCUGUGAGCUGAAGGCAGUGAAGCCCUACAGGAGAGGCGUCUUCUGCGGCGACCCCUCCAUCACCUACCCCUACAUCGAGCGGGAGGCUAUCCCUGACGGCCUGCUCAUCGCCGGGGGCAUUAUCAUCACCGGCCUCACGAUCGCGUUGGGUGAGUGCUACCGAGUGCGCUUCCGAGGCGUCCACUCGCGAGCCUUCGUGCAAAACCGCUACAUCUCCAGCCUCUACAAAGAGCUCGGCAGCUUCCUGUUUGGCUGCUGCAUCGGCCAAUCGCUCACCAACAUGGCCAAGCUGAGCAUUGGCAGACUCCGUCACUUCCUGUCGGUGUGCAACGUCACCUACGCGUCCCUCAACUGCAGCCCGGGGAUGUACAUCCCGCACAUAGACUGCAAGCAGUCCAAUGAGAAGAUGGUGGAGGAGGCCAGGAAGUCUUUUUUCUCGGGCCAUGCAUCUUUUGCCAUGUACACCAUGCUCUACCUGGCGUUCUACCUGCAGGCCCGGUUCUCAUGGCGCGGGGCGCGGCUGCUUCGGCCCCUGGUGCAGUUCCUGCUGGUCAUGCUGGCCGUCUACACGGGACUGAGCCGCAUCUCCGACUACCGCCACCACCCCAGCGACGUCGUCACCGGCUUCCUGCAGGGAGCGCUCACCGCAUACUGGGUGGCUUUCUACAUCUCCUCCAUGUUCAAGAAUUGCCGUAACGACCUGACGCCCACCAGCAUGUCGCUGGAGAGCCCCCUGUCCAGCCAGCAGACAGUCUGCUAGCAGCUCCCCAUCCCAGAACUGAUCAGAAGCAGAAAAGUAGUUUCAGUGGGUUGCUAAGGUGAAGAGGAGAGAAGAAGAAGAAGAAGAAGAAGAAGAAGAAGAAGAAGAAGAAGAAGAAGAAGGGUACCCUGAGAGGAUGGAGGCAUACCUUGAGAAAGGAUGGAGGACAGAGACUGUA